CCUACACUAGCAGACGGCAGAAAGAGAAGGAGCGGCGAGCCGCGACACCUCCCUGGGGCAAACAGCGGCUGCUUUUAUUUCGUCAUAUACACAUUUUCUCUUAAGCUAUCACUGAUUUAAGUAUCUGAAUGGAGCGAUGUAGUCUCAAUCAUUCCUACCGGUUUGUCAGUAGCUCUAACUUCACCGCAUUGUCGUAAUUAUCAGCUGCUGACAGCUGCCACUGCUUACCUUGGAGGUUAAAGCCCAUCUUCAAAAUGAAUCCCUCCGGUGCCAGAAUAGUGGGUUCAGACCUUAUGGCUGACUUACGUGCUUUCAUCACUGGAGCUACUAGAAACACUCGAAGAAGUCAUUUGGAUAUUGGGCUUGCUCGUGUAGCAUUGUCUCUACUUAAAACUCUGCCUGCAUCUCGAGAGGCUGUGCUAGAGUACUUUUGUUCCCUCUUUGAUGAAGUUGUUGGCCGAUACAUUGAAAAUGUUGAGAUUGCUAUUAAGAGGGGCUCUAAGGAUACUGACAUUGAGUUGUCUGCACAAGAAGAAUCCAUUGUCGCAGAGGUGCACAAUGUUCUGUGUGAUUUUGUCAGCAGCUCUCCUGAAGCAUGGGCUCCCAUCAUCAGCAAAUGGUCUCUUCAGCUUCUAGGAGAAAUUUCAAGCCGGUUCGCAGGAAGAGCUACACAUUCUGGUGUUUUGAGUCAGUCUCUUCAGCUUUGGAUGUCAUGCAGAGCAACUAGAAGCCUUAUUGAUAUCACCACCCAGUGUCUUUCAUGUCUCAUGGACUUUGAUACUGAAUCAUGCAUAAAUGCUCUUUUAGACACAUGUGUUACCCAUAGCCCUCACUUUGAUUGGGUUGUUGCGCAUGUGGGCAGUUGUUUCCCACGCACUGUGAUGACAAGGGUGUUGGCAGCUGGUUUGAAAGAUUUCUGCAGCAAUCAACAAGGACCCAAAGCUCCAAAACUUAAUUCAGUUGUCCAGAUAUUGGGUUAUUUGGCUGGAAGCCACUCAUGUGACAUGAGACGGGCUCUCCUCCAACAAUUUCAGUGGAGUCUUGAGAGACCAAAAGUGACAGACCCAGUUACCACUCACCAGCAGAACUCUACUGUCCCGUUCCUUCUUCAACUAGCAUCCAUGUCAACAACACUACUGCGCUCACUCAGUAUGGACGUACUACACACAUUGACUCCAAAAGUUCUGAGUCAGCUGGCUGAACAGUCUGCUGAUUGGCUAUCAUACUACGGAGGACGAGAAGCUUUUCAGGAUCUUUUAGUUCACCUAGUUCUUCGCUGCCCAACUGGUGCACCUACUAUUUUAUCAUUGGUUCUGGACUGUGCUGCUCCGCCAUCUCCAAACCUGCUUCCAACAACCCCAGAAGAGAUUGUGGUGCAAAAAAAUGGACAAGAGUUUCUAGAAUUGUUUCUUCAAGAGCUUUCUCUUUUGCUGCACCGUACUGAGGGAUUGAUUCCUUGCCUGGGCUCAUUCCGUGAAGAACUAAAAAUUGUUCUCCCUUUAUUACUUAGCCCAUUGAGAGUAAGAGUGCAAACUGCACUCCGACUUAUAGGAUUUCUGGGCCUUCAUAGUCCAAGUGUUUUUCCUUAUGCCAUUGCAUAUGUUUUAGUUAAUGCCAAAACUGAAAAUCACUUGAGUGUAAUAGCUAAGCUCUUAGAAAACCAGGCCAGUACCAAUGGCAGUGCCAAGAAACCCAACAGAACUAGUCUUCCCAUGGAGCACUCCAAUGUUUUGCAGCUGGGUCUUGAACAAGCUCUUCACAAUAAAGAUGAUAAACCAUCUGCCAGAGAUGUUUGGAAAAAUUUGUCUACAUUGUUAAGGUGGGAGAGAUCUGGAAAGCUACGUAACCACAGCCAACCAGUUCUUAAAGCAGUGUAUGGAACAAUAGGAACGGCUUGUUCUGCCUUGGGCUCUAGUGUUGAUCCUGAUCUGGCCCAUGCUGUCUCAGAAACAUUAGUUCUGGCUCUUGUCCAAGAGCCUGGUGAAAAUCCAACUUCUGUUACACCUCCCAGUAUGCAAGAUGCCUUGAGACUGGCUCAUUCAACUGUUGCAUACUUCUUCAUGUGUAUAGAAAACGAGGAUGAUAGCAAAGGAUUUGAAGGUUGUGUGUUAGCAUGCAAGCUUCUUUCAAGGCUUUCCCUGAGAUCUUCCGGUGCUAGAGCUCUUGCCUUGAGGACACUUUUGGAAUUGUCUCUAUUUCAUGGCCCAACUCAUCUCUUUGGUGCAAAUGAUCUUGUAAAUGAGGAAACAUUGACAGCUGAGGAAACGGAUUUAAGAAUAAUGGAAGAAAAUCUGAAGCAGGGUCUUAGUUGGGUUUUAGCUCAAAGGCAUUCAUCAGUUUUUCAUGCUGGUGUUAUAGGAUCUGGCCUUCGAGCAUUAAAGAAGAAAAAUACCACCCCACCAUCAUUAAUUCAUAGAAAUACUCAGUUAUUAUUGAAUGCCAUCAGAUCUUGUUGUGUUUCUAAUGCAAUUCUGGACCCUAGUGCUAUGGAGCCGGGCGCGGCUACUCUUUCCUUAAGCACUGUGAUUUCUGUCUCUUUACUCCUAGUGGAACUAAUAUCACCUGAUGUCAUGUACAAUGGUUUACCAUGGCCCGAUGAAGAUGGGUGUAAAGCUACCGUGGAGAGAGACUGUUUCAUCAGACGGAAACUGGAAGAAACACCAAUAAUGUGGGAGAUCCUCUGGUUCAUCGCUUUGCACAGGCCCGCUUUAUGUUAUUGCUCAGUUCUUCUGCGAGCAGUUACUGCAACAUUGAUUGCUCAGUGGGGUUCUUGCAGUCAACACAGAGACUCAUCAUUGUUACCAACAACAGUUAGACUGCUCAGUUUACUUGCGUUAGGCCAGUUACUUCCGAGUCCCUUGUCCAGCUUGAGAGAUGUCAUCCCCCAUUUAAAACCACCAGAGGUUGUACAGAUUUUGCGUGACUGUGUUUGGAACUACAUGCGCGACCACGUCCCUGCUCCUGAUCUCUUUGCAUCAGAUGCACAUGGCAAUGUGUGGAGAGACUCAACUCAAGAUUUUCCAGGACCCCAAUACACAGAAACCUUGCGAUUAAUUAUGUUAGCCAACAUUGAAAGCCUAGGAGUAUUAUAUGCCCAGCUGUUUAAUCAGUAGACUUGUACAUUGUAUGUGAAUUUUAUC